UAAAUAAAACAACUAACUUUCAAUUUUUUUUUCAUUAUUUAUAUAAAACAUAUUAAUUCUAUCCGAUUUACUAUUCUUCUUCGUGUGCAAAGUCCGGUUCAUCGCCAUAUCUACAUCGUCAUGAAGUCUUGGAUUGCCCCCUUGGAUUGAUUUAUAGAAAUCCAGGCAGUAUUUAGAUAAAUAGUCAAAGAUUGACUCCAAAUCGUCUAAUUGGGCUUUUCUUUAACAUUUGGCCAUAGUCAUUGAAAAUCAUUAUCAGAUACCUCCGAAGAUUUACCUUUCGAGCCCGCCCAUACAUACAACUUUUGCAUCGACUAAACUGAUCUGUCGAGCUGUAUUCUCCUCUUGAAUUCAACAUGACUAAACUGUUUAGUCGAUGGAGGUGCGCAUACAAUCGAUUUCAGUCUUAAUAAUUUAUAUCCCCAACAAACCUUACAGUCUUCUAUAGGCAAUUCUUGAAUGAAGGUAAUAAAGAUCACAUGAGCGCGUGAUCGAUAGUUGUGCGAGUAAUUUUUUUUUUGUUACUUCGACAUGUUCGUCAGCUUCGUAAAUUUUUUCAGGUAUUUUCGAAGUGCUUCUAUUUUAGAAAAAUCGGUAUAAAAAAGGCAAAGAUGUGUGACCCGAUCAAGAUACUUGGAGUGUGAACUUAAUGCAUGCCUAACGCCUCAAGCUUUAAAUACAUAAUAUUCAGUCUAUCCAAAUGUUCUGAAUCGUUUUUGUUAUUAAACCAGUAUACAUUUCUACAAAAUUCAGUUUAACAAAAGAGAUCCAUGCUUUCUGGAUCUUUUUAGUGAUUUAUCUAUUGCAUCAUAAUAUCAUAAAAAUUAAAUAUCUAAAAGGAUCCACAUGCUUUUGGAUUUUUUUAAACAUUUUAGUUUUGUGUUAGUUUCUUAGACUGAGCGUUUUACAAUAUGAUCCAAGAAGAAUGGAUUGUUUUUACGAAACUAAAAUAUGGCUUCUCCAUACAUGUGGGUUGGUACCCAGUGUCAAUUUAAAGUCAAAAUAUUCAUAUUUUACUUGGAUUGUUUUUGCUAAUCGAAAAUAUAGACCUAGACGAGCAGUUUGGUAUAUUUAACUCAUUUUCGGUCAUGUUGUGGGUUGGAUCCUUUUUGCUUAUCUACGGCCAAUUGACAAAUGAUAGAGAUCGAUUGUAAAUUGUAGGUAAAUUUUGCCAUCGCAUUUAAAGGUCGCUUUGAAAAGGCUCUAAUAUUUUAAUUUAUAUGGUGCAUACUUUAAUCGGAAUACAAUGGCUACGUCAAGUGAUACCUCAGAUCAAAAUGUGAAAUCUAGGCGUCCUGCUGAAUCCGCAUUCAAGCAGCAGCGUCUCCCUGCAUGGCAGCCAAUUCUUACGGCUGGAACAGUCCUUCCUACUUUUUUCGUUAUUGGUAUCGCCUUUAUACCAGUUGGUAUUGGAUUACUCUACUUCUCAGAUGAGGUAAAAGAGCAUGUUAUAGAUUAUACACAUUGUAUGAAGGAAGAUGAAAAUAUUACCUGUGCACAAUUUAUCAAAGAAAAUGGAAUGGACCCUUGUGUAUGUCAAAUUAAUUUUAAUCUGACUGAAGAUUUCAAAGGGGAUGUAUAUUUCUAUUAUGGAUUGAGCAAUUACUAUCAAAACCAUAGAAGAUAUGUCAAGUCUCGUGACGACAGUCAGCUGUUAGGCCGCCUUUCACUGACUCCAUCGUCUGAUUGUGAGCCGUUUGCAUUUGCCGAAGAAGAUGGCAAGCUGAAGCCCAUCGCACCUUGUGGAGCUAUAGCUAAUUCUCUAUUUAACGAUACCCUGAAAGUGUGGUCACAGGGUUUAAGUGUUGAUGUGCCAGUCCUGAAAACUGGUAUAGCAUGGACGUCAGAUAAGGAUAUUAAGUUUAGAAACCCUCCUGGCGAUCUUAAAACUGCAUUUGCAAACUUCACGAAGCCAGUAAACUGGAGGAAACCUGUCUGGAUGCUAGAUCCCAAUAAUACUGAAAACAAUGGAUUCCAGAACGAAGAACUAAUAGUUUGGAUGCGAACUGCGGCGCUGCCAACGUUCCGCAAAUUAUACCGUAGGGUCGACCACACGCAAGUUGGCUUUAGCGUUGGACUCGCUAAGGGACCUUAUGUACUGCGUGUUGAAUAUAAUUAUCCAGUUAUCGACUUUGAAGGAACGAAAUCGUUUAUAAUAUCAACAACGUCACUGUUGGGAGGCAAGAACCCUUUCCUCGGAGUGGCCUACGUAGUUGUGGGCACUCUCUGCCUCUUGCUUGGAAUCAUACUUCUGGUUAUUCACGUUAGAUGCUCUAAGAGCACUACAGAGAUGAUCAACGUAAACCCUCGCACGCCAUAUUCUUAAACGAAGUAGUUCCUGCACUUACAUCAUCAAAGCGAUGAACAAAGUAUUUAUUGUUUUUAAUUAAUAUUAUUUGAGUUUUUAUUGAAAGGCUAUUGAGAAACUGUAUUUCAACUGUUUGUAGAAAGCGUGUAUGUUUGUAUCACUUAGAAGAUUUUACAUUUUAUUGAAUUUUGAGAGCACGCUAUUGUCUUUAAAAUUGAUUUGAUAUACAAAAAUAACUAAAUAUGUAAUUACAGAAUAUAUUAAA